AUGCGCCGGCAGGCCAUUCGUUUUGCCACCGCCAGGCAAGAACCGUACACCAUGAGCCAUGACAAUGGAUUCCGGGAGGCGGCGACGGACGACGAUGAUGGCUGCAGCGAGCAGGAGUCCUUCUUUCAAUGCCUCGAUCGCGUGAAGCCCCCCGGCGAUGGCGACCCAGUCUUCCCCUCCGACGACGGUGAGGAGGAUGGCCUCAGCGACGCUGCCCGUGUCUCCUUUGCCACCGCCGUGGAUGACCGGCUCCAGGAGGAGCAGGCGGUGCUGGACGAGGAUGAGGACUACGAGGAGGAGGACUUGUCGACGUACGACUACGACAUGUGGAUGGAGGCGGACGAGCCCGUGCCCAUCAAGGAGCGUCGCCGCCGACUGCUCCACGGGAUGGGCCUCAACAGCAGCAGAGACAUCCUCCGAAGCCGCAUCGCCAGGACGAGGAAUAUUUCCAGGCGUCCGCCGCGGCGGGCGUUCGCGCCGUCUGCGUCUUCCACGCCACCCGAGAUCAUGAAACGGCAGCCCAUCUCCUUCCUUAAACGUUGCCGGUCGGAUAGCCGCCUCGCCGUCCGAGGCGCCGCCGCGAGAAAGCUGACGGCAUUACGCCGCGUGCACUCGGCACCGCACUCUCUGCAAGGUUCGCCCGUGCACAGGGCUCUCCGACCAGCCGCUCGUUGUCCGUUGCCAUCAGCGGUGUCCAAGGACGAAGGCGGAGGAGAGAAUAGAAACUGCAACCUUGAUGACGGCAAAGUGUUCGUCGUUAACGGCACCCAGUCCACGGACGGCGCGCGCGGCGCGGCCAACGACGCCCACGGCUACGCCGGGUACACCCCGCUGGUGAAACAGAUCAUGCGGCGAAGCCAGAGCCAGACUGUGAAGGCGGGGGCGGGGAACAAGGACGGCGGGAUGCCGACGAUUAAGAAACCACGGUGGCUGAAGAACAUGAAGCUCGUCGCCACAGUCGCCGCCCUCAUCCACGAGAAAGACAGGGACAGGGACAGGGACAGGUCGUCCGCGCUUCCGUCCGCGAUGACUAUGUCCAAGUCCAAGUCGGCGUCGGCGGCGGCGGCGGCGGACAGCGCCUCAACGUCGUCGUCGUCCACCGAGCGGCUCAAGGUGCACCACUCCGGCAAGUCGAGCAAGGACCUGACGGGGCUGUACAUGCGGCAGGAGGUCCGCGCGCACGAGGGGUCGAUAUGGAGCAUCAAGUUCAGCGCUGACGCCCAGUUCCUCGCAAGCGGCGGGGAGGACCGCGUGGUGCUUGUCUGGCAGGUCGUGCACACCGACGCCUCCUCCUCUAUCCUGACGCCGGAUCUCUCGACCGGCAAGCUUCUUCCCCCGCUGGCUCCCGCCGACGGCGGGUCCUUGGCGGGGGCACCGGGGCUGGCAGCGCAGCUGUCGAGAAAGGUCCUGCGCGGGAAGAGCAGCAAGCACGUGCUCCCGGAGCACGUGGUGCUGCCGGAGACCGUGUUCGCGCUCGCCGAGCAGCCGGUGUGCGUCUUCGAGGGCCACGAGGACGACGUGCUGGACCUGUCGUGGUCCAAGCAGUCGUCGAGGUUGCUGUCGUCGUCCAUGGACAAGACGGUGCGGCUGUGGGACGUGGAGAGCAAGGCGUGCCUGCAGGUGUUCGCGCACAGCGACUACGUGACGUGCAUCCAGUUCAACCCGGCGGACGAAGGCUACUUCAUCAGCGGCUCGCUGGACUGCAGGGUGCGCGUCUGGAGCGUGGCGGAGCGACAAGUCGUCGAUUGGAGCGACCUCAACGACAUGGUCACCGCCGCCAGCUACACCCCCGACGGCCAGGCUGCGAUCGUUGGAUCGCACAAGGGGUGCUGCCGGUUCUACAAGACAAGAGAUUGCAAGCUGAACCAGGAGGCUCAGAUCGACAUGAGCAUAUCCAAGAAGCGCAAGUCACAGGCGAAGAAGAUCACCGGAUUCCAGUUUGCGCCGGGGAACCCGUCGGAGAUCCUGGUGACGUCGGCGGACUCGCAGAUCCGGGUGUUCAACGGCAUCACCGUCCUCCAGAAGUUCAAAGGGUUCAAGAACACCAGCAGCCAGCUCUCGGCGUCCUACUCCGGCGACGGCCGCUACGUGGUCUGCGCCAGCGAGGACUCGCACGUGUACGUCUGGAGGCGCGCCGCCGGCGGCAUGGGCUCCGCUGCAGGGGGAAGUAUCGGCGUCAAGGCCAAGACGUGGCUCACCAGCCGCUCCUACGAGUACUUCUUCUGCAGGGACGUGUCCGCCGCGGUGCCGUGGCCCGGAUCCCCCCCGUCGCCGUUCCCGCGCGCGGGAGACGAGCGCGCAUCGUCGAGCGUCCAUGGCGGCGCUGGCAGGAGAGCGGACAACGACGCGUUCGGCGACGGCGUGCAGCUGCCACCACGUCCCAAGUCCGGGCCGCUUACGUUCCCCGGCUCGCAGGCGGAGAUGCUGCGCAUGGGGCCGUCGUCGCGGGAGGCCGGCUGCAACGCGUGGGGGAUGGUGGUGGUCACGGCGGGCCUGGGCGGGGAGAUGAGGGUGUACCAGAACUUUGGGAUGCCAGAGGGGAUCAAAGGGCAGAAGUGA